AACACGGAUGAAGAAGAUUCUGGAUUGUUGUCAAUAUCUGUAACUGAUGAAAUUAUUGUCAGAACUUCUGAAGCUAGCGUGAAAGCAUUAAGUGAUAAUCCAGCAUUAAACGAGGACACAUUUGGAGCGGUUCAUGCCCUGCAGGCACAUGAAAAAAUUGUUGGUCAAGCAUUAUGA